UCCCACCUGGAAGCAGUGAAUCCGGUUGCAAUGGGUAAAGCACGUGCGAGAGCUAGAUCAUUGGGCUUAGGUGAUUAUUCGAGAGAGCGUUCGGCACGAACAGGAGAUGGGGUGUUGUCGGUGCUCGUCCAUGGAGAUGGCGCUUUUACUGGACAGGGCAUUGUUUGGGAGUCCAUUGCUCUCAGUCAGGCACCCCAUUUCCGGCUGGGUGGAACGGUUCAUCUGGUUACGAAUAACCAAGUUGCUUUUACUGCUGAAGCCCAUGUAGGGAGGUCGUCUACGCACUGUACUGACAUUGCCAAAGCGUUCGAGUAUCCGGUGAUCCAUGUCAAUGGCGAUCAUCCUGAGGAAGUCGUCAAAGCCACCCGGCUGGCUAUGGCCUAUCGCGAGAAAUUCCGCAAAGAUGUUUUCAUCAACAUGCAGUGUUUCCGCCGAUGGGGACAUAACGAGCUGGACGACCCAUCAUUUACCCAACCUCUCAUGUAUAGGGUAAGUGAACCUAGUCACUGCUUUAUGGCUACGGGUUAA